AUGAAGACGUCUCUCUUCUUCUUGUUUCUCGUAUUCUUCACUGGUGGAUACUCUGACCCUUCAUCAGGAUCAAGAGAAGAAGAAAUAUGGAAAGAAUACAACGAAAAAAGGAGAAACUACGCAAAAGAGCAUAGUAUCGCCAAUAUGUGGAAGUUGGAAUGGAGUGAGGAGUUGGUUGGCAAAGUGCACAGUUCUGCGACACUCUGUGAUGGAUUGAAAUCGGGUCCCAACUUUCGCUUGGCUUCCAAAGGAAACCCAUUUGGAAAGAAAAAGCGCCGAGAUGUCAACCAAAAACAAAGACGUGCUUCUGAGAAUAUGGACGAAGUAGUGUGGCCUGGGCAGAAAAUGGUUGGGUGUACACAAAGACAAUGCUCGCCGAGACCUAACACUGGUAUACAUACAGGAGGACCGUUCUACUCAUGGAGAAUACCGCCAAACGUUCGGACGAUUCCUCUAAUUUUAAGUGGCUUUUGCCUCGCGGGACCUCUUGGCAUCGACGAUAAAAAUAAAAUUGAGAAUGGGGAAGCAGGAUCGAAAUGUGAGGCAGAAGGUGGAAAGAAUGAAGAUGGAUUAUGCGUUCCAGCAGAUCCAAUAGUUGAAACCUCCACUUCGAAUAGCUCUGCUUCUUCCGUUGCUUUGUUUUCUUUUCCUCUCUUUCUUUUCAUUUACUUGUUCGAUUUGAUUUCUUUUCAAUAA